UCCCCCCGGCCGUCCCCCCGCUCCCCGGCGGCGCGGCACCCGCUGCCCGGCCGAGCGGCUCUGCCUGCGCCGCCCCGCCAUGGAGCAGGGGCCGGCGGGGGGGUCCGGCCCUGCUGCCGCCGGCGGCACCGGGGGUCUGCUGCUGCCCCUGAGCGAGACCGAGCAGCAGCGCUACUCCGAGCUCUUCUCGCGGUGCUGCCCGCCCCCUGAGGCGGCCGCCGGGGGGAGCAGCGUGGGCGAACUGUUCCGGGCCUCCCAGCUGCCCCCGGACACGCUGCACCAGAUUACAGAAGUAUGUGGAGCCAAGCGUGUGGGUUAUUUUGGUCCUGCUCAAUUUUAUAUUGCUUUGAAGUUAAUUGCAGCAGCACAGUCAGGGUUCCCAGUACGGAUUGAGAGCAUUAAGAAUGAAUUGCCUCUACCAAGAUUUAUGGCGCUGAAAAAUGACACUGAAGUACGUUAUGGGACUCCGGCAGAAUUCCAUGGAGUUAAAUUUCAGGUUCCACAUGCAACUUUGGAAAAAAAUUCCUACAAAAGAACAGAUGAAGGGGACAAGCAGGAACCCAAGUCUCCUCCAAUGUCUCCAAUUUGCUCGCCUCCUGCUUCUCCAUCUACCUACCAGAGAAUACCCCUAAGUUAUGGAUAUGGUAAAGCAAGAAGUGGGCUGGAACAGCAGCAUGGAGCUUCUUAUGAAGUCAGACACUCUACUCACCAGCAAGAUGGACCAUCUUCAGGGAACUAUGGAGCCAAAUCUGCACUCACCUGUUCAACUCCUAACCGGUCUCUUUCAGUGGAGCGGGAGCAGCAGGACAGCAGCACCCAGUACUCAGAUGACCCUUGGAGGAUAACAGAGGAGCAGCGAGAUUACUACAUCAACCAGUUCAGGUCCCUGCAGCCCGACCUCAAUGCUUUCAUUUCAGGUUCUGUAGCAAAGAAUUUCUUCACAAAAUCAAAGCUGCCCAUCCCGGAACUUUCUCACAUCUGGGAGCUGAGUGAUGUGGACUGUGAUGGGGCACUGACACUCCCGGAGUUUUGUGCCGCUUUCCACCUUGUGGUUGCGAGGAAGAAUGGCUACCAGCUGCCUGAGACACUGCCAGAGACACUGCUGCCCGAGUACCUUCAAGCAGCUUGUUUGAAGCCCUGUUGUGCACUGUUUGACUCUUAUUCUGAGCCCUUGCCAAGCAGUCAGCAGACUCGGGACUUGAGUCGGGCAGAGAAGUCAUCAGCUGAAGAGGUACCUGAUAACUCUGCCCUAUUACAAGAUGGAAAGAAAGAUGACAAACAAGCUGUUAAAGUAAGCACUACUCUCAAAACUAUACCAAAGGAAUUUCAGCACUUGACUGUAAAAGCAGCUGCUCAAGAACCUAAUGCACUCAGAGCCAGACCACGAUCCAGGUCUUAUUCUAGCACAUCAAUAGAAGAUGCCAUGAAAAAGGGAGAAGAGCCCCCUACUCCACCUCCAAGGCCACAAAAAUCACAUUCCAGAGCUUCCUCUUUGGAUCUGAACAAAAUAUUUCAGCAAAACACGCAAGCUGUGAGGUCUGGCUGGCUGCCCCCACCACCACCUGCACUACCCCCUCGACCUUCUGUAUCUCAGACAGAGCAACCAUCUGAGGUUGAAUUACAUCCUCAGAUGAACAGACCCUCAUCACAGGCAGAAGAAAACAGUUCAGCAAAAAAGGAGGUUGUUCUUGCUCAACCACCCUCCAAACCUGCCCGCAGGAAGCUCCGGACGGAGGCACAAGGGCUGGAGACCCCUGAGCUUUCUCCCACUAUAAAUGUGACUUCUUCCCUGCCAGCAGUCAAGCCUCAUCUCCCAGUCCAAAAACAGUCUUCCAAGCAGAAAAGGGCUAUUCAGACCGCUAUACGAAAAAACAAAGAAGCCAAUGCUGUCCUCGCCAGGUUGAACAGUGAGCUCCAGCAGCAGCUGAAGGAGGUUCACAAGGAGCGCAUUGCCUUGGAAACGCAGCUGGAGCAGCUUCGUCCUGUCACCGUUCUGUGACUUCCUGCAUGGCCGUGCAGGAGCAGAGCAGUGUCCAGCAGCCUUGCAAGGAGAGGAGUUCUGUGCAGCUGAGCAGGGUCUCUGCCAAGGCAGUGGGGAGCACUGGCCUUGCUGGCUCUCUCCUCAUCCCAUUUCACACAUUUUGCCUUUGCAGGUGAGGAAGGUACAGAAAACAAAUACCUGACUAUGGAAUAUUUCUGAGUGGGGGAUGCUUUGCCUUUUUUCCUCCCCCUUCCCAGCCUAAUGUGUAAAUGCAGUUUAUCACUGAAAUGAAUAACCUGAGAGUAUUUUAUUUAUGUAAAGAAUUCCUGAUUUAUAUGCGUUUUGGCAGCACCUCCUGCCCCAAUCGUUAAGAGCUACAGCAUUCCUGAGUUCUUGCUUAAAUUGAAAACUCAUCCUCUGAGAUGGGCUUCUGGAUGUUACUGAUUCCUGUAGGAUUGUAUCAUUGUAGAGUACCUGUGGAUUUAACAUACCACAGGAAAAGAACUUGGAAGAUGUACAGAAUCUUUAUCCUAAAUCACAUGUCAAAUAAUUAUUUUCUUAGUACUGUUUAUUAUGCAAUCACGGAUGUAUUUUAAUGUUAGAGAACUUGUAUUUUAUUAGUUCAAGUCAUAUAAGAGAACAGUAAAAAAUACUAAAAUAUAAUUAUUUUGGAAAUUAGGAAAAAAAAUCUUUUUGGGCUACAGAGCUACAGCUGUUUCUAAUCAUGAGUAUUUGAGCACUUGCUUGCAACUACCAGUGUCUCUGCAUUCUUUUAGCAUGUUUGAGAUGGCUGGUGUAUAGUUUUUUUUCUUUUCAUUUUUUCCUUUAACCAACAGUGUAUUUCUAACAAGAGGUUAAAAAUGCAUUCAGGGCAUUUUUAUAAAUGCUAUUCUAUGUACAUUUGUAUUAGUCUGCUUUGUUGUCUUAAUAGCUGCUGAUUUGUUUUAAGGAUGUGUAUAAAAACUGUAUUUCCAGAAGAGGGAAGAUAGCAGAAGUGCUAUGUAUGAGGCUAUAAAAUGUGAGAUGGAAGUAAUUGCCUUUUACAGCAGGCUUUUGUUAAGGUUCCUUUGCACAUCAGUGGAGAUGCUACUGAUAGGAGAAAGCUGCUAAUGCCCAGCUGUUUUCUAAAGGAAGAAGCAAAGCUUAAUCUUUAACCUGCAUUUGAUCCAGGGCCAGCUGAAUUCCAUAGGGAUUUUUCCCUGGAUGCAGUGGUGGCUUUGGUCUCAGUUCUUACAGUGGAAGCUGGCUAUGAAUGUUGCAGUAUUUCUUGAGGCAGUACUCUUGGAUUGGGUGACUUAAGACAUGUCAGCCCUGCUCCCACCAUGGGUAUGGUGUGCUUUACUGCGAGGGGAUGUCACCUACCUGUUGUCCACCUUAAACAUGACCCUGCACAUGUCUCACUGACUUGAUUUAAGUGUUUGUGGUUGCCUUGCAGAAACGGUGCAGUAAUUUUGUCACCCUUGUGGGUGUGAUGCUUGCUCCCUGUAGCUGUAGGAUGGCCUGGGGCUGAGAGGAAGGAGAAGCAGGUUUGAAGCAGCUGGGUAACCUCUCCUCGGGGUGUGUCAUGGAAUGGCUGCCUCGGCAUGUCAGGGGGCACCGGAGCAGCCAAAAGUUUUGUUGAGAGAUAAGAAAGGCAUCACUGGGAGUGCUUGAAGUGGUAAGGAAACAGUCUACUUUUGCUGAAAGGAAUGUGGAAGGAGGAUGUGAAUCCAGAAGUCUGCAGGUGAAAAUAAGCAUUGGCAGAAUUGUUACUGAAAGUCUCUUUUUGUAAUGCACUAGUUUUGAUUCAACUAAAGAUCGUUGUGUCAACAAGCAACAGCUGUUCUUCUGGAUUUGGGACUUCUCUCAUGUGGCUGUUGCAUAGCUGGGGUCAGAUGGUCAUUCCUGGUCAGUGACAAAUGUGAGGAAUGCAAGCUUUUCUGGGAAUCUGCAAAAAAACCACUGCCCUCUUGCUAAUAGUGGUAUUGCUGAGAAUUUAUCAUCAUUCAUUUCAUUUGUUCAUAAUACAACCGAUUCAUUCCUGAGAUUUAAUGAGGUUAAGUGCUUGCCCUGUUUGCUUUUUAGUUCAUACAUUGUAAUUUGGCUAAUAAGACCUUACUAUUUCAUACGAAAUAAUCAUAUGGCACACUUGGUUUUGUUCUAUGGGUAAUUUUUUAAGGAAGGCUUUUAAAUUACUACAAAGAAGCGUGUACAUUGCAUUUUUAAGGCAGUAGAGGACUUUUUCAUGUUUGAAAAACAUUCAUUUCACCUUUAUUUAUUUCCCAUUUAUUUCACCUGAGUUAUUCAUGGAAUAGGCACUCUUCAAGGGAAGAAUGGAAGAGUCUGCUUUAUACUGUCUUUUUCAAAUGUCUCCCUUCUAAAAUCCAGGAGGUUUUUUUAUUCACUGGAAAUUAUGAUACUUGCUUAGCCAACAAUGAAAUACUUGCUUGGUGUUACUUUACCACUGGAUUAAUAAAUAAAAGUAUUUAACAAUC